CUCAAAGAGCCACAAGUCCAGCCCUAAGGGCAAGGGGCAGACUUCCUCGAGCAGGGGGAGCCCUCGCCGGAAGGUAACAGCCCCUACACAGUCCCCCAGCCCCCCAAGGAGAGGGGGUAAUGGAAGCCCCAUGGUCGGUGGUUACAGCCAGGAGGUGGACAGCUACCACCACCAGAGACGCAGGCCGGCCCCACAGAGCCCCAGCCCCUACAGGGAGAUGUCCAGGCGGAGCAGGCAGAGGUCGGACAGCCCCUACGCCAGCAGGCAGAGGUCUUCCAGCUAUGAGCGAGACGACAGCCCCUACUCCAGGAGACGCUCCAUCAGUCCCUAUGGUAACCGCAGGUCCUCCAGCGCUAGCCCUGUGUCCCGGCGCUCAGUUCGCUCCCGGAGUCGUUCGCCGCCUUUCUCCUCUUCCCGUCGCUCCUCGUCUCGCUCUCGCAACAAGAAGCAUUCGUCCUCUGCCGGGGGGGCUGGGUCUCACAGCAGCCGGCCCACCAGCCGCUCCCCACCCUCCUCCCGCCUGCCACUCAACUCCAGCCUGGGGGCGGAGCUUAGCCGGAGGAAGAAGGAGCGCCAGGCUGCGGUGGCUGCAGCUCGCCCCCCCUCCCCUCCCCCUUCCUCACGCAAGACCAAGGGGUCCACUUCACGCCCCUCUAAAGCUGAGCCCGAGAGGGUACCUGAGAGAGACUCUGUCCAAGCCAUGGACCUCCAGCCUCCACUCAGUGCACCCCAGCCCCAGGACACUCUUGUUGGGGAAGAACACGGCUCUGCAUCUCCACCCUCCCCCUUCUCAUCUCCUGCACCCCCUCUGCCCCCCGGUCAGACGACCCCACUACCUCCACCCCCUCUGCCCUCCACCCCUGUCACCCAACUUCAGCCACCUACACCCCAGGGCCAGACUGAGGCCAGCCUCGCACCCUCCACAGCCCUCUCCUCCUCCUCAUUGUCGUCCCCCCAGUCCAAAUCUCCUGCCCCCAUGCCCACACGCAGCCCUGCCCGCCUGACACCCAUCCACAAGACCUCCACUCUGCCCCCCCUGCCUUUACCACCCAUGCUAGUGGGAGACUGCCAGGACAGUCCGAAGAAGUCCACUCCUCCUCAGAGGUCUUCCAGGAAGGAGAAAGAGGUGCGGAAUCGGCCGUCUCUGAUCGACCUCCCGCUGCCCCCCACGCUGGCCGGAGGUGACCCCUCUCCCCCUCAGUCCCCCGUCUACAGAGCUCCACCUCCACCCCUGUCCGCUCUCAAGAAGAGACCAAAGUUUUGCUGUCCACGCUAUGGCGAACGCAAACAGACACAGAGCGACUGGGGCAAACGCUGCGUGGACAAGUUUGACAUCAUCGGCAUUAUCGGGGAGGGCACCUACGGCCAGGUCUACAAGGCCAAGGACAAAGACACCGGUGAGCUGGUGGCUCUGAAGAAGGUGCGUCUGGACAAUGAGAAGGAGGGCUUCCCCAUCACGGCCAUCCGAGAGAUCAAGAUCCUCCGCCAGCUCAACCACCGCAGCGUGGUCAACAUGAAGGAGAUCGUCACAGACAAACAGGACGCACUGGACUUCAAGAAGGACAAAGGUGCCUUCUACCUGGUGUUUGAGUACAUGGAUCAUGACCUGAUGGGUCUGCUGGAGUCGGGGCUGUGUCAGUUCUCCCAGGAACACGUGAGGAGCUUCAUGAGACAGCUGAUGGAGGGACUGGACUACUGCCACAAGAAGAACUUCCUGCACAGAGACAUCAAGUGCUCCAACAUACUGCUCAACAACAGUGGUCAGAUCAAACUGGCUGACUUUGGUUUGGCCCGCCUCUACAACUCGGAGGAAAGUCGACCCUACACUAAUAAAGUAAUCACGCUAUGGUACCGGCCCCCUGAGCUCCUCUUGGGAGAGGAGAGGUACUCUCCAGCCAUCGACGUCUGGAGCUGCGGGUGUAUUCUGGGAGAACUGUUCACCAAGAAGCCCAUCUUCCAGGCCAAUCAGGAGCUGCUGCAGUUAGAGUUGAUCAGUCGUCUGUGUGGGAGCCCCUGUCCCGCUGCCUGGCCUGACGUCAUCAAGCUGCCCUACUUCAACACCAUGAAGCCCAAGAAACAGUACCGCCGACGGCUACGCGAGGAGUUUGCCUUUCUGCCUGCUCAGGCCCUGGACCUGCUGGACCGCAUGCUGACCCUUGACCCUGCGCGGCGCUGCACGGCCGAACAGGCCCUCAAUAGUGACUUCCUGUGUAACGUGGAGCCCAGCAAGAUGUCCCCACCCAAUCUCCCUCACUGGCAGGACUGCCACGAGCUGUGGAGUAAGAAGCGGCGGCGCCAGCGUCAGAGCGGGCUGCCCGAGGAUGUGCCUGUGCCCAAAGUGCCCCGUAAGGACCCCUCGGGGGCUUCCAGUGGAGAGAACAGCCGGCCCCAAGCCAGCCCAGCUGGAGCCCCGCCCCCUCCGCCGGGAAGACCAACCUCCUCAGCCAUCUCAGCCAAUGAGCUAGCAGGCCUGGGUGCUGCAGCGGAGCAGCUGAACCAGACAGAGCUGGCUGUACUGUUGAACCUGCUGCAGAGACAGACAGACCUCAGCCUGCCUCAGAUGGCCCAGCUCCUCAACGUCUCCUCCAACCCAGAGAGCCAGCAGCAGCUGGAGACCCUUAGCCAGUCCCUGUCUGCCCUGACCGAGGCCUCCCACCACCGGGGAGCCUCAGAGGACCAGGGUCCGGCUAGGUCCCAGCCCCCCGAACCUCCCCCAGAGCCUCAGGAGCCCUCCCCGCACCACAGCGAGCCGCCCCUCAGCCAGGACGACCAGACCAACCUCCUGGCCCUCCUAUUGGGCCAGCUCAUCAAGCCGCAGGCCGAGGGGGUUGAGCAAGGCGACGAGAGCAAUGGCGUCCAAUCAGAGGAGGCGGUGACUCGCGGUUCGUCAGCCUCCACUGCUGACCGCAAGGACUGUGCAGUCACCAAGCGGAAGCAGCGGAUCGGAACAAAUCAGGUCCCUCCAUCCUCCGAGCGAUGUCCCCCCUCUCCGCCUGGCCCUCCACCCUCAGCCCUCCUCUCUCCUGGCCAGCAGCAGCCCAGCUCUGAACCCCAGCCUGGGUCCGGUCAGGACAUCAGCCCAGCGGUGGCAGCCGCCCUGCUGCAGCUCAUCUCCCAGCAGGACCCAGAGGCUGGGACCCAGUGCAGCAGGGACCACUCCCCCGCCGUGGGCACCCCUGUCCGGGGACAGCCACCUCCUGCCUGGACAACUGACUCCCCUAAACCAUCCCCUGCCAGAGAGCCUCCUACUGGCAUGGAACCCACUGCCUCUGCUAUCCCAGCACAGUUCCCCAAGGACCAGGACCUCCGCUUUGCCCACAGGACCGCUCGCUGAUCCUGGCUAGGCCUGUUUAGAGACCUGGGGUACAGUGGGCCGACCUACAGGGACAGGAGCCAGGGACACCCACUGUACUGAUAAUGAUGAUACUAUAGAGCAGUUUCUCUAGGUGGGAACAGAAGAGCAGGUCACCUGAGCAGGUGUAUAUUGGAAGAUGUGAGGUAGAUGGCUGUGAGAUUGUUAGUCUGGAGAAAAGAGCAGGUCUUUGGGUCUGGAUAUUUUGAGGAUGUUAUUGUGAAGAUGGACAGUGUUGGUUUGGCUAAAGGACAAACUAAGCCCCACUACAGACAGACAGAUUGGGGUUGGGCCUUGGUGAGGGUUCUAGACCUGGGGGUGGGACAAAGUUCCACACCCUUCAAUCACUAACACUGCCCCCUCUGGACCUCCUGACUUGCUGAAGAAGUUGGUUCCUAACGAGGUCCACACAUGGAAUGUGAUCAGCUGUGAUUUUUUUUUUUGUUUAAUUUACAACUCAAAUGAUUGUUACGUCUACUGCAGUGCCCUCUAACGAUGAGGCUAUCAGUGGGUUUUGGAGUCUGGUGUCCUCACUCCUUUUCAUCUGCGUUUCAAUGGGUGGGGGUUGGCGUCUGCUACGCAUGACACCGGUGGAACAAAGAACAAGUCUGAAGUGUAGAGGUGGUUAACUGGGGGUACAGAUGUAAAACACUGGGACUGAGAGUGAGUUAACUACUCAGUCAGUCUCAUCAUGCUAGCUGGCUCCUGACUUUCGACCUUGUGCCUCCUUUGUGACCUUAGCAACCCCUGAAUGAUCUUUGCCCACACGGAAGAGUUGGGUUGUUUCUUCUGUUCUGGAAGGCACAUUUAACAAGAGAAGGCAUGGCUCCAAAUGAAUAAGCAUACCUUGUGUGUCCUUGGCCAAAGGUACUGUAAAAUAAGGUAUUUGGGUCUCAGUCCUAUCUCCCCUUGUUGUCUCUCUCGCUCAAUCUAUGUACGUCAGCCUCAGUUAGCUUUCCCAUGUAGAAAUGAAAAUGUUGAUUCUUGAUCGCGCUCUCUCUCUCUCUCUCUAGGAUCCGGUACAUGUGCCUCUCUAACCCUCAUACUCCCUCUGCUACACCCUGUCAGAAAACACAAACUCUGACACCGUCUCUUUAACUGCUCUACUAUACUCACUAGUCUUUCAUUGACCUUCUGGUCACAGCUAGCAAGCCGGUCACCCAACCCCAUAGUGACUGGACACCUAUAGACCUACACACACACACACACACCUCUCCAAAGCUUUCCCUGAUGAUCUCUGAUAGCCUUGAGUUAUCUCUUGCCUCCCUGCCUAAUGCUGUGCAGCAAAUAUGUUUUUUGUGUGAUUAUUUUCUACUUUAAAGACAAAGUUACAUGUUAAAAAGAUGGUCCAUGGUUUUGUUUCCUUUGUUAUGUUUUGGGAAGGGAGAAAUUGGGAAGAGAUCUGGCUUGGGGUUUCAUGUGACCAUGUGACUGUAAAAGAUGAUAUUUUGUAAUAUGUGUUUUCUCGGUUCAAUUUAUUAAAGGAAAUCAUGCGACCAGAAA